GCUGGCCAGAAGCUGGCCAUGUACUUGAGCUCUGUAGCUGAGCAUUUUCCGAUUCUCAGGCACAGAAUGGGCAGGAAUGGCCAGCCCCGCCCACUGGCUCAUCACCCAGGCUCAGUUAUGGACAGGAAGGUGUUCUAGGUGUCUAGGCACUUUUGUCAGAACUUGAAGGAUGAAGUGUGGCCAGGUGAGGCUGAGGUGUGCACGUCGGGAAGAUGCCCUCGUGUGUGUCUAGAACAUGUCCCGACUGCGGUGGCAUCCCCUCUUCAGACGAUCAAGAGGGUCCCAGCGGCCCCUCCUCAGGCUCCCCGGAGGGCCUUGGUGGCCCAGUAUGGCGCACUGAGGUGAAUCAUGCCUGGCUGGCCAACACUCACCACUGACCACCCAGAGACGCAUCUCACCAGGAGGUGACCCCUCCUCCACCUGCUCCCCCACCCCACCCCUCGCAAGAAAGUGCCCGCGCUGCCACGGACACCAUGUAGUAGGGCCGGCCGCGGCGCCCAGUGAGCUGCGAUGGUUUUGUACACGGCCCCCUUUCCCAAUAGCUGUCUGUCCGCCCUGCAUGCCGUGUCCUGGGCGCUCAUCUUCCCAUGCUACUGGCUGGCAGACCGGCUCGUGGCCUCCUUCAUCCCCACCACCUACGAAAAGCGCCAGCGGGCGGACGACCCGUGCUACCUCCAGCUGCUCUGCACUGUGCUCUUCACGCCCGUCUACCUGGCCCUCCUGGUGGCCUCGCUGCCCUUCGCCUUCGUCGGGUUCCUCCUCUGGUCCCCACUGCAGUCGGCCCGCCGACCCUACAUCUACUCCCGGCUAGAGGACAAGGGCCUGGCUGGUGGGGCGGCCCUGCUCAGUGAAUGGAAGGGUACAGGUCCCGGCAAAAGCUUCUGCUUUGCCAGUGCCAACCUCUGCCUCCUCCCUGACUCGCUGGCCAGGCUCAACAAUGUUUUUAACACCCAAGCGCGGGCCAAAGAGAUCGGGCAGAGAAUCCGCAACGGGGCCAGUCGGCCCCAGAUCAAAAUCUACAUUGAUUCGCCCACCAACACCUCCAUCAGUGCGGCCAGCUUCAGCAGCCUGGUGUCACCGCAGGGCAGCGACGGUGUGGCCAAGGCCGUCCCCGGAAGCAUUAAGAGGACGGCCUCUGUGGAAUACAAGGGUGACGGCAGCGGGCGUCAUCCCAGUGACGAGGCUGCCAAUGGCCCGGCCUCCGGGGAGCCUGCGGAGGGUAGCCUGGAGGACGCCUGCAUCGUGCGCAUUGGAGGCGAGGAGGGGGGCCGGCCCCCUGAAGCCGACGACAGCGCUGCUGGGGGCCAAGCCAGGAAUGGGGCUGGUGGGGCCCCCCAGGGCCAGACACCCAACCACAGUCAGCGGGACGGGGACUCGGGGAGCCUGGGCAGCCCAUCGGCCUCCAGGGAGUCCCUGGUGAAGGUGCGGGCCGCGGCGGACAGCAGCGGCAGUGGGGAGCCGGGCGCCACCAACAGCAAGCUCCCUUACAAGGCCUCCGGGGUGAAGAAGGCGGCUGCACGCAAGAGGCGGCACCCGGACGAGGCCUUUGACCACGAGGUGUCCGCUUUCUUCCCCGCCAACCUGGACUUCCUGUGUCUGCAGGAGGUGUUUGACAAGCGGGCAGCCGCCAAGUUGAAAGACCAGCUGCACGGCUACUUCGAGUACAUUCUGUACGACGUCGGGGUCUAUGGCUGCCAAGGCUGCUGCAGUUUCAAGUGUCUCAACAGCGGCCUCUUCUUUGCCAGCCGCUACCCUAUCAUGGACGUGGCCUAUCACUGUUACCCCAACGGGCGGCGCUCCGAUGGCCUGGCCUCGAAAGGGGCGCUGUUUCUCAAGGUGCAGGUGGGAAGCACACCUCAGGACCAAAGAAUUGUCGGGUACAUUUCCUGCACACACCUGCACGCCCUGCCAGAGGACAGUGCCAUCCGGUGUGAGCAGCUGGACCUGCUUCAGGACUGGCUGGCUGAUUUCCGAAAAUCUACCUCCUCGUCCAGCACAGCCAACCCCGAGGAGCUGGUGGCGUUUGAUGUCAUCUGUGGAGAUUUUAAUUUUGACAACUGCUCCUCAGAUGACAAGCUGGAGCAGCAGCACUCCCUGUUUACACACUACAAGGACCCCUGCCGCCUGGGGCCCGGAGAGGAGAAGUCCUGGGCCAUCGGUACCAUGCUGGACACAGACAACCUCUACGACGAGGAAGUCUGCACCCCUGACAAUCUGCAGAAGGUCUUGGAGAGCGAGGAAGGCCGCAGGGAAUACCUGGCCUUCCCCACCAGCAAGAGCCCUGGGGCAGGCCAGAAGGGACGCAAGGACCUGCUGAAGGGCAAUGGCAGGCGCAUCGACUACAUGCUGUAUGCGGAAGAGGGGCUGUGCCCGGACUGGAAGGCCGAGGUGGAAGAAUUCAGUUUUAUCACCCAGCUGUCCGGCCUGACUGACCACCUUCCAGUGGCCAUGCGGCUGAUGGUGUCUGCAGGGGAGGAGGAGGCAUAGACCAGCCACAUCACUCCGAGCAGCCGGGCCUCUGCCAGCCCUUUGAGCCGCAGCACCUCUCUGGCCGUGUCCCCUCCAGCCAGCACCCCUGGUGCUGGGGGAGGAGGGCAGGGACCCGGGGUAGCCUCGGUCUGUCCCAGGUGAGCUGGAACCAGCGCCGCCCUGCACCUCUGGGCACUGACUGUGGACAGAGUCAGGCCGGCCUUGGGAGCCGCAGCUGCCCAACAGUGCCAUUCUUUCAAAACGUGAUUUUCUACAAAUCUACAGCACAACCUAGUUUGUAACCCGGGGGUUAGUAUGAGAACCGGGUUUCUGUACUCUUUGUAUCUCUUCUCAAGCUUCGUCCAGGGUUCA